AGGUUAUGUGGCAAAUGUUGUCUUGACUUGUUCAGGUGUGCUUUGGGGUUGUAGAACUUGACUCAAACAGUAAUGGUAGUUUUAGGCUAGAGCGUUUUAAUUUCUGGUUUUCGUCAGAAAGGAUGUUCUGAGAAUAUAGUGUGUUGGCUAAAACAAGGUAAGAAAAUAGGAAAGUGUUACAGGUCCUUCAGUUACCCAGUACGAAUUUGUGCCUUUCUAAUGAAACGGCUUCUCACACUUUGACUGAGAUGUGUGCAUGAAUUCUAGUGCUGUUUUCUUUGGGGAUAAGAUGCACUGAAAAGUCUUUUCAUUUCAAAAGGAACACAUCUGUCUUACAACAGAAUAAUGCUGUAGUGAUAAUUAAUCCUGCCAGAAAGUACCAGUAUCAGAAAGUAUUUCUUCAGGAAGAAAGAAGUGAAUAAGGCUCUGGACAAGCACUUAACCAUGCGCAGCUGAUGUAAACUAAUAUGAUGAACAGAAAGCGUAACUUUCUCUUGCUAAUGCUCCAUUCAUUUGAGGACUACACGAGAGCAAGAAAUCAAAACCGAUUCCUUUUCAGUUCCAAAAAACCCAAAGCCACUUUUGCAUACAUAAAUCCUGCAGGGUUCUCAUUAGCUACACGAUUUCUUAAAUUCUUCCCAAAAUAAAUAACGAAUAGUGAAGAGGCACCACCAAGAAACAACUCUGUCAGCCAGGCUGAAAGAAGAAAAACUAGUUCUCUGAUAAAUUUGGUUCAGUUUGUAGUUUGUUACAGCCCUGGAGAAGAGGAGGGGUUAGAGAUAACUAAGAAUUGUAUUGGUUUUCUAGGAGGACCAUUUGUCGUGCUGCUUAUCCCAGGAUUUCAUGUUAUGAAAACUGUAACUGGAAGGAAACCAGUUGUUGUGUGAGCAGUGGAAGUGAAGAGCCUGCUUUCUCCCGAAUCCAUGUCCUCUGUGCCCGCACUCCCAUGCCCCCGCCCCGCCGGCACCCCGGCUCCCACUGAUGCAUGGCUGGGGAACGCCGCCGGCCUUGGGACAGGAGCGAGCCGCAGGCGUUGAGGGGGCUCUGCGGUGGGGCCUGCCAGGCAGCGUGCGGUGCCUCCCAGAGCUGCCCGACCUCGGUCUUGGCUGACGGUGGGGUGGAAAUACUGAUGGGAGACACAGCGGGGAGUGAUACUACCCAGAUAAUAUUGUCAAGGAGACAGGGAGAAGGCGGGUCCCCUUGAGACGAGAGCUGUGCUGUGCAGUUUUCUUUGCCGCUUUCCUCCCCUGCCUGGUUUCUAAAUCCUGUGGUAGCCUGUGCCGAUUGAGCCGAGAUCUCUUCUCUCUAAAUGCCUUCCUUUAAUCUAUGUUUCCAAGACCCACAUCUAAUCGCCCUUCAAACUCUGCAGGUAGAUAAGAGUUUUAACUCCAUGACCACAUAACUCUAAUGCUAAUGAAGUUUCCUUUUGUAGGGGGUUUGCAGCCUGUCUGAAAUUUUGAGGGCUAAGUUUGGUAUAGUAAAAAAAAAAUAAAAAAUCAGUUGGGCGUAUGCACAAAUUCAUGGAACUGCUUGUAGGUUCUGACUGCUAUAUCAAGAAGUCCUACGUAUUUUACUAACAUUCUCAUUUUCUAUUGGAUGCAGAAUAACGUAGCAUGAAGGCUUAACAAUAAACUUUUCAGCCAGAGGCUGGUAUGUGUGCAUUACUGAGAGGUUUAGAUUCAAGUAAUUGGAAUGAAAAGUUCCUUUGUUGCUAUUGUGACAUGAUGUCAUGGCGAAGCGUGCUGUCACAACUUAAAAAACACUGUAGUAGUUAUUAGAGCUCAUGUCCUGAAAACAGCAUUGUCUCUUAUGAAAUAACAUAACUGAACAAUCAGAUGUGUGCUUGCCGCCCAAUGCAUCCAUUGUUGUUUCUGCUUAAUUGCCUAUGUGGGUUUUUUAAGGCUGAGAAACAUUUGAAAUGUCAUUCUAAACAUUCCCUGAGGUCACACGAGCUGAAGCCCUGCUUUACAUACUUGUUUUGUGCAGGCACCCCACCUUCUACUGAAAAGCCAGCUGGCCCGUAUCCAUUCAUGGUUGACUCAGAUGAUGGGAGGAAGGUACCUGUUGUACAAGCUUAUGCUUAUGGAAAAUACCUUGGUUACUUAAAUGUUACCUUCGACAAGAAAGGAAAUGUAGUUGAAGCGGUUGGAAACCCCAUUCUGCUGGACAGCAGUGUUCCUGAAGAUGAGCGCAUUAAAGAAGAAGUGGAAAACUGGAGGAAAAACCUGGGGAAUUAUUCUAAAGAGAUUGGAAAAACCAGUGUUUUCCUGAAUGGUACAAGCCAAGCGUGCCGUUUCCAAGAAUGUAACAUGGGAAAUUUGCUUUGUGAUGCUGUGCUUUAUGAGAAUGUCGGACAUCCGGACAGAAAGUCAUGGAACCAUGUUUCAAUUUGCAUCCUGAAUGGCGGUGGGAUACGGUCACCCAUCGAUGAACAGAGCACUAACGGGAGCAUUACUGUGGAAGAUUUGCUGUCUGUUUUGCCAUUUGGAGGUCGUUUUGAUUUGGUAAGGGUAAAAGGCUCCACUCUGAAAGAAGCCUUUGAGCACAGUGUGCACAGAUACGGAAAAGGAAGCGGAGAGCUGCUGCAGGUUGGAGGCAUCCAUGUGGUCUAUGAUCUCUCCAGAGCCCCAGGAAGCAGAGUUGUUAGCUUAGAAGUGCUUUGCACAGCCUGCCGAGUCCCAGCCUACGUCCCGCUCCAGAUGGAUGAAAUAUACAACGUGACUCUUCCAUCCUAUAUGUUAUUUGGAGGAGAUGGCUAUCGUAUGCUGAAAGACAAAAAUCUGGGAUACAGUAAAGGUGAAUCUGAUAUUGAGGUUGUUUCCCGUUACCUCCAGAGAAUGAAGAGAGUUUACCCAGCGGUUGAAGGUCGAAUAAAGUUUUCUUCUGGAAGUCUCACUGAAGGAAGCCUUACCCUGAUUUCUGUAUUGUUCACUGUAACAUUCUUCCACACUUGAUUUUUGGUCACCAUGUU